UUCACCCGGUCGAGCCACGGAACUCGUUCAGAAUUCCCCCCAAAUUUUUGUGAUUAAGGUUUAUAUCAAUCGGGGUUCUUGGGUGUUGGUGGCAACCGACAUAUGCAAUGGAGGUCACAAACGGAUUGGAGCAGACGUUUCAGGACGGAAAAAUUUACCGCCAUGUCAAUGCCCUCAUCGUCGCACAUCUCCGUGACACAAAUUUUAAUCAGGCAGCAAGUGCUGUUGCAUCAGCCACAAUGACGCCUCUAAAUGUCGAAUUUCCUCCUAACAAGCUCCUUGAGUUGGUGGCCAAGGGUCUUGCAGUGGAAAAGGAUGAGAUGUUAAGAGGGGUAUCUUCAACUACAUUAUUUGAUUCAAGCAUACCUUCAGCAUAUGGCUCAGUGCCUGCUCCGCGAGUUGUUUCUUUGGAUUUCAGGUGUGAUAUUCUGUCAUAGUUUUAUUGCUGAACUUGAUGAUGU